AUGUGCGAGGCUGAGCUGCAGCGAGACGAAGGUGCGAGUCCGCUCCUUCGGGAACCCCUUGCCGUGCCUGCGGACGUGCAGGAGCUGACGGCGUCCCGAGACAGCCCCGACGGGGACCGUGGGCACUGUCCUCAGCUGCCACCACGUCCCCCGCGCCGCGGCAACGAUAACUGGGAUGAUGAGGAGGAAGAAGAGGAAGUAAAGGAGACAGAGGUAAAACAAGAAACAAAGGUUUCAGAAAAAAAGAAAAUAGCAGAAAAGAUAAAAGAAAAAGAAAAGCAACAGAAGAAAAAGCAAGAGGAACUUAAAAAAAGGUUAGAGGCACCAGAGGAGCAUAAAGAACUUACACCAGAAGAACAGGUAGCAGACAAACUACGACUAAAGAAAUUACAAGAGGAGUCAGACCUUGAGUUAGCAAAAGAAACAUUUGGUGUAAAUAACACUUGUGGACUAGAUGCCAUGAAUCCCUCUUCAAAAGAUGACUUCACGGAAUUUGGCAAAUUACUAAAAGAGAAAAUUACACAGUAUGAAAAAUCAUUGCAUUAUGCCAGUUUUUUGGAAGCAUUAGUUCGAGACGUAUGUAUUUCAUUGGAAAUUGAUGAUUUGAAAUAGAUCACAAACACUUUGACAGUACUAUGCAGUGAAAAACAAAAACAAGAAAAGCAGAGUAAGGCCAAAAAGAAGAAAAAAGGGGUCGUGCCCGGAGGGGGGCUGAAGGCCACCAUGAAGGACGACCUGGCUGAUUACGGCGGCUACGACGGCGAAUACGUACAAGAGUUUGAAGACUUCAUGUGACACUCAUCUGCCCUCCUCUGUCUUUCUGUUGCCCAUAAUCCCUUAAACAUGUAGCACAACUUCUUUUCCUUUAAAUUCUGCCAAAUGCUACAAUCAAAACUGCAGUAUCUGUGUGCUGGUGGGUUAACUCUGACACGUCGGUGCUAAAGCGCUGGCCUUCCCGUG